AUCGGCACAGCAAAAGUGUCACACAAUAAGGCCCGGCAACAGGUUAAGAAUAGUAAUCUAGCCGUUUGGAAGUGGGCUCAAGUGUUUGGUCUGUGUUUGUAUGCCAUGCCCUCAUGGGCCUAUUGGUACCGGCCCAAACGGUAAGACCCAGUUAGUUAGUCCGCCGUGGGCGUGGCGCCCCAGUUCUAAGCUCCGGUGCGGUAAUUCUAGAACAGAAGUAACAACACAAUUCCACAAAUCACAAUCGCAUCACUCUGUAACACACACCACUCCUUCGCUACGGAUUUGCCGGUCAUCGACCGCCGUUCACUUCUCCGAUGAAUCCUUUAAUCUCCCAUAAAUCACUUGACGCACGCGGUUUUUCCGUCCUGUUUAGACUGCAACCAAUAGAUGAGAAGUGUCACUGUCAAUCUCCUCCGAUCAGCAUCUGCUCUGGGUCUGGCGACGAAUCUGGCCGGAAGAUCGGCCUCAAAGGGUCAGGCGAGCAGAAGGGUUCGCCCUCCAUUUUCAUGCAGUGAUCUUUUGGCGGGUAAGUGUUUACACAUAAAUAUUUUUGGCCUAAAUUCAAUGCCGUAAUAAUGAGUCUCGGCAUUUAAUUCGAUAUCGCAUGGCCAAAACGAUGUCGUUUGGAGUCGAGCAAUAUCGCGGAGAAUUUAAGCGAGACCGCGAAGAGGCUCGGCGAUACCGCGGUAUUUAAAACAACAUUGGUUGCAGACCAUGUGUGAGUCAUGCGCAGGACAUGUGUUGCUAUUGGACAAGGAAUGUUUUUAUUUUAUUUUUCCUUGUCGGAGGAGGAGAAUAACAACACCGUUUGGAGUCGAGCAAUGCUGCGAAGAGAUAAAACAGUACCGCGAACUUCAAAGUUCAACGACAUCGCGAGACUGGGAAACGGUGUCGUUUGGCUAAAAACGACACCGCGAAAAAGGUACCGCAAGGAAGCUCACCGGUACCGCGGCACUGGAAACGACACUGUUUACUAGAAAACAGGAUGGGGGCCACGCGCGUAGUAUUGGUGUUGGAAAAAGAGUUAUUAUUAUUAUUAUUUUUAUUCCUCGUCGGAAGGGGAGGAGCUGUACCGCAUGGAGACAAGCGGCAUCGCGGAGAAUUAAAACGGUACUGCGGAUGUAAAAACGAUGCCGCGGGAGGCCUUGAUAAGCGGUGCCGAUUAAAUAGAAAAAAAAUCAUAUCAUGUAAGUGAAGGGCCUAAAUCCCGCCCAACCCAAUGCGAGUGAAAACUCUUGGCGGUUCAAUGAAUUGGAAUUUUUUGGCUAUAUUAGCGGUGUCGUUUAAUUAAAAACGGUACCGCGAGUAAGCCCAACGGUACCGCUGUAUUAGCAAACGACAGUGUUUAAUAUAAAACAAUGUCGUGGAGUAAAAAAGCAAACAUAGCUGUUUGGGGAAGAAAACGACAUCGCGUGAGAUUCACACCAACCCGAGCGAAGAGGAGAUCAAGAUGGUUGAGACACAUGGGAGUUCACAAUGGAGCAGUUGAGGAAGCGGUUCCACCUAGCGUGAAGACUACAAAGCGGUUUUUCGAAUAAAAGCAGUGGAGCAAGGAGAGAGAAAGAGAACAAAAAAUCAACACAGAACAACUCUGUCAAAAGUUUACCUUUUCUCUGUAACUCCUUCGCGGAGCUCUCCUUCCAGGAAGGAUCUCCAUAGUUGUAGUCUUAGUCGUAGUCGCGGAGCUAUCCACAGGAAUCUCCAUAGGAGUAGCGGUAGCGUAGAUUCCUCAAAACUCAAACACCCUCGUUCGAACGUAGUUUGGAGAGGUGCGAACCGUACUAACGGUCGUUCUUGGUUAGAAGUCAGAGGUGCAUCGAUCAAAUAAACACCGCCCGGCGGUGGAUAUUUGACGGUCAUGUUGAUUUCACCAUUUAUAGGUGCAUCGAUCAAAUCAACGACGCCGACAUUCGGCGGCGGAUAUUUGACGUUCGUCUCGAUUUCAGCACUCAGCGGUGCAUUCGAUCAAACGGCACCGCAAGAGUUUCCACCGCGAAACAUCAAAUCAACAUCGCCGGAAACCAAAAUCGACACCGAGGGUGGGUAUUUGGUUUUCUCGGGAAACAGUAAGACUUGAUAGUACAUUUACAAUCGUUGCUGGCCGCUGGGGCACUACGCGUUAGUCAUUCUAUAUUCCGGUUGUUGAAGUUUAACUUAUCUGUUCUUUAUGAUAAGUCAAGUCAAUAUAGAAUAUGGCCUUAAUCUUCCAUGUCUUCUAUAUGUUUGAUAAAAUGCCCCUUUCAUAGAGUCUUCCUAUAUUUUAAGGAUGACAGAUCCGGAAUUGUCAAUGAAUGAACUCCUUAAGCAUGCCUCUUUUGUUUCUCUUUUAUAAUCACACAUUUAGAGAUAUUGCCUACUCGUUCAUAUGAUCCUUCCUAUCUACCUAAACUCUUCCACAUAUCCUUGUUCCCGUUAUUUCAAUUCCGCCAUACCAAGCAGAAGUUCUCGUUUUGAAACCGAGGUGGGGGAGGUAUCUUGGGAGAAGUGGGUUGAAAAAAUAUGAAAUUGCCAAAGUAUGUUGUUUUCAAGUCCAUGUAUAACAACAAGUACUUGCGCUACAGAAAUGAAGGAGGGGAGCAAAAGGGCUUUUUGCAGUUCUCCGGAGAUGAUGCUGCAAGUCCUUACUCUAAAUUUGAGGUCAAGGUCUCGAGCAGCAGGAAUGGAUUGAUUCACCUCAUGUGUUGUGUUAAUAAGAAGUACUGGGUACGGAGGUCAUCCAGUCAGUGGUGGAUUCGUGGAGCAGCUGAUCAACCUGAAGAAGACCAAUCUAAAUGGUCUUGUACGCUGUUUAAGCCCGUGCCUGUUGAUGGCGACGAGGAAACAGUUCGGUUUCUGCACCUCCAGCUUAAUCACUAUGCUUGCUUGUUCAGGAGCGGGCCUCCAUUCGGUGACUGCUUGUACGCAGGAUGGGAAGCUGCCAACCAAGACUUGUGUGAUGCUUGUGCAGUCAUCGAUUGGGUGUCUGUGUCCACUAGGAUGCAGAAACGCAUUUCCUCCACGGCUCAAAAUCAAACAUCACUCCCGACGUUCGUGGUGCUCAAAUCAAGGUAUAAUCGCAAGUACUUGCGUUACAGACAUGAAGGUGGAGAGCAGCAUGGCUUCCUCCAGUUCUCUGAAGACAAGGCUACCAGUCAAUAUGCGAAAUUCAAGGUGAAGGUGGCCAAAUCUGGUGAUGGAUUAGUGCACCUGAAGUGCUGCUACAACAACAAAUACUUGGUUCGGUGUUCUCCUAAACACUGGUGGAUUAGUGGGGCAGCUGACCGGCCUGAGGAAGACAGAUCCAAAUGGUCAUGCACACUGUUCAACCCCGUCUAUGUGAAUGGUGAUCCAGCAACAGUUCGGUUUUUGCAUGUUCAGCUUGGACACUAUGCUUGUUUGUUUAGGAGCGGACCACCAUUCGGGGACUGCUUAUAUGCUGGCUGGGAGGAUCCUAAUCAGGAUUUGUGUGAUGUAUGUAUGAUCAUUGAUUGUGACUCGUUAGCCCCGUCAUACAAGGAUGAAGAUGGAGAUUUAACAGAUCAGUCUGUGGAGGAUGAGGAAGUGGAAGUGACUCAGCCAAGUCUAGUAAAUGUAAGGCAGGGAGGAUCCAGUAAAGCCGGCCAUGGCAGUGGUGCUUCUCCAUUGAAAAAGUAUUUUAGGGACGAAGACGAAGAUGAAAAUAAUGGAGAUCAAUUUGCCAACAUGGGAACCAGUAGGACUCAGCCCAGCCGCAAGACCACUCAAAAGCCCAGAUCCGGUGAACAAGGAGGUGAAGUUAUUGGAGGCCAAGAGGAAGCUAAUAAGACUCGCCCCAGCCGAAUGAGCGCGCAACAGUCAAGACCCAGUAAUGGUACUCAUGGCGUCAAUGCCCCUGGAAAUGAGUAUAGUCGGGAUCAAGAUGAUGACAAUGGAGAUGGCUCUGAGGAUGAGGUGAUUAAGGAGACUCUGCCCAGUUGGAAAAAGAACCAAUUUGGUGGAGUUAGUCGUGGUAGUAAUGAUCAUGGAAGACAGUAUGGGCGGGAGGACAAUGAAGAUGAUGGACCUCAGUAUGGCGAGAAAAAUGCUCGGACUCGGCCUAGUCAAAGGAACAACCAGAAGCCAAUAUAUGGUAAUGCUAGUGGUGGCAUUAAUGCUCUAGAUAAAAAAUAUGGCCGGUAUGAAGAUGGAGACAAGCCUAUUCCAAAACCUACCCGACCGCCAAAAGGUCAGGAGGCUACAUCCAGCAAGCAUGUUUGGUGUGAAGAUGAAGAAGACGAUGCUGGAUCAGCGGUGGGGGAAAGUACGUUGACUCACCGUGGUGGAAACAUCCAGCAACCAAAGCAUGGCAACGCGAGGCGUGGCAUUAAUGCUCCAAAUAGUUAUGGUCGGAAUGCAGAUGAAUACUACAAUAGUGGUUAUCGGUCAGCAGAGGAAAGCACUAUGACACGGCCUCAAUGGGGAAACAUCCAGCAACCCAAGUUUGGCAACGUGAGGCAUGACUAUAAUGCUCCAAGUAAUUAUGGCCAGGAUGAAGAAGAAAACUACAAUGUCAGGUAUCAAUCAGCAGGGGAGAGAAGCACUACCAGUCGGCCCAUUCGGGGAACCACCCAACAGCCAGGGUUUAGUAGCAAUAGGAGAUAUGAAAAUGAUGGAAUAAGUAACGAUCUCAGCAGCUUCUACAAAAACUUAGCAGACUGCAAGCGACAAGUGCCAAAGGAGGAAAGUGACGAAGUGGAGUUCACAGUUGUGUCAUCUGCAAAUGAUUUCUGGGGAGCUAUCUUUGCCUCCACAGACAUACUCCCGAAAGCCCUCCCUGAUUUGUACGCUGCAAUUACCGUGGUUAGUGGUGACGGGUUCAGCAAAGGGUCUGUCCGCGAAAUCACUUUUGCUCGAGGCAAGCAGACGCCAUGGCAGAAGUCGGAGGAGCAGAUAGUUUAUGUAGAUCACGAGAAGAAGACGGUGACAUGGUCAGUCAUACAAGGUGGAAUGCUGAAUUACUAUGAUACUUUCAAGGUCACGAUGGCGGUUACUCCAAAGAAGCAUCCAAAACGCAAAGGAAGCACAGUGAACUGGAGUUGCCAUGGUACAAAUCCAAGGGGGUUUGACAGGGAAGCCUUGAAAAGGUUUGUCAAGAUGACAUUCGACGAUGUAGAUGCUUAUCUCGAGAAGAUGCCAGACAUGGAGAACCGCUAGCUGUCGUAAUUGCCUGCUACCAUGGUACUAAUUUAAGCUUUUGCUGAGACUUCAUGUUAUCAAAAGUCAAAACAUGUGCUGGAACAUUUCAUAUGUAAUUGGCCUUCGGGUUUAUACUGAGACUUUAUGGAGCAUAGUUGGCGAAUGGCGACGACCAUGCACAUGGCAUAUCGAUCCAGGUCGUGAUGCUUUGCCUAAUUUUCUUUUCCUGGUUUAUAAUGACUCAAAGCAUCGUGCUUCUCGUCCUAAUCUUAUUUCAUAAUAUAAAAAUUUCAAAUAAUUAAGUUAUUGAAAUGUUGAACCGAGUUAAUGACAAAGUCAUUACUAAAAGUAAAAACAAAAACAAUGAAAGAAAAUCGACUCCUAUAAAUUUAGUCAGACCACACUAUUUGUUUAUCACUAUCAAGAAUCAUUGCAAAUUUUGUAGAUUUCUUGUGAUCGCUUCCCCUCUACCCUCUAAAGCACUAUCAUCUUUGCCAAUUUGCCAAUUAUAAUGCAUUUGUAUUUGUAAACGAAACCUUUAUUUUCACAAUAGGUUGUUCCUACUUUUUUUUAUUAGAAGCCAAUCUUUAAUAGUAAAGUGUUUAAAACACUAAACAUUGCACGAAGUAUAAUUUACGUCUCAUAAACAUUUUAUGAGAUUUCUUCUUUCCACUAUUGCAAACAACCUAGCGAUCGAUAGAAAUUUUUUAAUAAUUUAUAGAUUGAAACUUAAUGAAUAAUUUGUAGGCGUUGAAUUAUUCAAUAAAUACAAUUAUUUUUCUUACAUAUAUAUAACAUACUUUUCAUUCCAAAUAUGUCAAAACAGAUAUGAUUCUGUAAGUAUAAUUAAUUUUAUUUUUAGUGAAAAUUUUAAAUUAUAACAAAUGAAAUAUGAUUAACUGAAAACUAAAAAGGGCGUGGUUAUGCGACUUGAUUACCUAAUAUAUUAAUAAACUAACUUUAUUCUAAAUUAGCUAAAUGGAUACAAUAAUCAUGUCAAUAAAUAUAUAGAGAUAGAAUUUUACAGUGCUUCACACUAUUGAUGAUUUCAUUUGCAAAAAAAGUAUUUAUUGUAUAAAUUGAACUUAUAUCUUUAAUGUUAUAGUCAAAUUUAUUUUGUUUCUAUACCUUUUACCACAAAUAUUUGUAUAGUACAAAACUAAACUUAUACAUUGGAUUUUAUAUUAUAAGUGCAGUUGUACCUAUAUCUUUUCAUAAAAAUUCAUUUAUGAUACAAAUUGAAUGUGUACUUUUGACAUUAUAGUACAUUUUGAACUUAUAUAGUUUCGUAUAAAUUACUUUAUGAUAC